AUGGGUUUCAUGCAUCAGGAACUGAUUGAGAUACUUAGCUACGCCAUGGUUAUUACAACCAUUCUGGUUCUUGCAGAAAAAAAUCAUAUAUACACUUCAGGUGCAUCUGGAACUAAUACAUCUGUUAUCAGAGGUGCAUUGCGAGCAGAGAGGCCAGAGCUUCUUACUGUAAUUUUACCUCAAAGUUUGAAAAAACAACCUCCUGAGAGCCAAGAAUUCUUGUCUAAAGUACACAAUGUGGUAGAAAAGUCAGAUAAUGAUCAUUUGCCAUUAUUAGACGCUAGCAGGUUGGUUAUUGAUAUCAACGUCACAUUUGAUCUUCAAGAAGAUGCCUGUGUAAAUGGACAUCAUAUCACAAGUACAACAAGUAAUCUGCUUCGCGUCUCAUGGAGAUAUGUCAAGAAGCUAAAAAUCUCCGCAAGAUCGUCACUCUCUUCUACCUUGAUUGAUUCCACCAUCUUCUUAGGGGGGAAGAUACAAAGUCUCGUUUCUCUUAAUGUACAAGCUCUUUACCAAUAUCAAUACAGUGACAACUGCAAGUAA